AUGAGUAAACGUCCAAAUGUCCUCCAUGUCCAACUAAUCGAGCUCCUUCACAGCAUCCGCCAGCAGCACCUGGCUCAUUUCCGCUGCAUUUUUACUCACGAGGGUACAUUGCUGAGCUCGUCGUAUCCUCCACGCUCCCGAGUCCGCCAAUACGGCCUUCACAGACCAAUUGCUUCCCGAUUGAAGCAUCAAUGGAUGGUCAACGUCCAACGUGUGAUCUCUACUUUUCCUGUUCCACGUCGGUAUCUCGUGGCAGGGAGAAAUGUGGUGAGAGUCACGGUGCUCUUGAGCUUGGUCGUCGUGUCUGACUUAUCCCAGUGCGUCUUUGUGCGCCUGCCGUUGACAAAGGUGUUGCCACCGAGUACACCUGGACUCCGGCGUAACUUGUCCCAGUGCAAGUGUUUACAUGAGGCCGUCACAUCUGAUUCUUCCACCACUUAUGCUGUUACGCCCAAUGAGUCUCUCCCACAGGCAAAUGCAGGUGUACCUGAACCAACUCCUCUAGUCAGCAGUCAGUCCCAAUCUACGCCAGCACGAUCGAAAGUUGCGCCGUGGAACCCGUUCCCGGAAUCACAAAAUGAAGCGGAGGCUGAGCGGGAAGAGGCCUGUGUUGCUACAGAACUUGAUUUUGAUGCCGAAGAUGACUCUGUUGACCGACAUACAUCCAGACAGUUGUCAACGUUCCUUCCCUCCAAUGUUAGAGGUAAAAAGGUCGACCUCUCAUACGUGAAUCCUGUUGAGUGGGAGGAGAGCUUCAUCGAAGAUAAGGCAUCGAAUGCAGCCACAUUCCGGUCGUCAACCCCUCUUCGUAAACUGGUUCUCGACUAUCUCCGCAAAAUUGAGCCUGCCAUCCGCGACCCUUCCGUGGAUUGGGACUCGGCCGAGCUUGAAGACGUCCUCGCUCAGAAUCUACGGUCAACGUUCGACACAGUGUCUCUUGAGGUCCUUGCCACGACCGGCUUUGAUGUUGCUGACGUUGCAAGCUGGUCAUGGAUCUUCUCAUCCCAAACAGUCGACCUAGCGGUACAAAGGUAUACACUGUUGGUUGAAGACCUGCGAAGGUCACAGAAACCAGCCAUGCCCAAAUUUGUCCUCCUGCAACUUCUACGAGCACACUCGAUCAGCAAUUUUGCGUUGAAGGAAAUCAUCAAAAGCAUCUUGGCCGAACUGAAGACAUCGCAGGAAACGAAGCAGUACUCUGGAUGGGGCUGGAUCACAAGGGUGUGCUUAAUAGUCAGACUCCUGCGACAUGCACGACGAGUUGCGCCUGACUGCCUUGGUGAUAUCAGCUUGAUUAUUGGUCAUCUUUUCUCCGACUAUUACGGCGCUGAGCGACCACUUGCGAGACUGGAGUCAAGUCGUCUGACCCACGUCUUCAAUCGUUUUCUGACAUUGAUUGCCUUGACGCCUGCCAAAACGCCUUUCAAUGCGUACCAACAACAGCAGAACGCGCAGCUAGCUCUUGUCCGUCUAAUGGUAGCAUUCGAACCACAGCUGCCGAUCACACGCGAAGGUUACCGCGCUCUCAUCACAGUCCAAUUAUUGCACCGGAAAACCAAGCAUGAGCGGAUAUGGGCAGAGGCAAAAGCUCCGUCCUGGCCACCAUGGCGACAGAUCCGGUCCGGUAUAGAACAAGACCUCGAAUAUCCCGGUAAGGAAAGCCGUGUGAUGAAACUCCUGGGGCGAAUGAACGAGGCUGGUUACGUCCACGGCGAAUGGGAAAAGAGUGCUGCUGUGUUGGCAGGCUGGGACACGGACAAAAGCCCUACCAUCCAGACUCGGUCAAUUUUGACGCGGCCUUCUCGACCCUGGAAGACGUCGCCCCGGCGCACGAACGCUUCUGAGGGACCGGCUCUGUGGGCCGCUCGUAUACGGGCUACAAGGAGCAGAAGGGAAGCCUGGGCAUCGUUUUGUGCCUACGAGAAAUCAACAGAUCCAUCCCGAGUACAGUAUCUACCCUACUUCGCCAUGCUGGAGAAGUUACUUGUCCAGACAGUUACGACAGACUCCCAAUAUGGAGCAGCAUAUACUCCCGGCGAUGUCAAAGAAGUAUUCGAAGACUCUGUAAACCCACGCGACUUGAUCUACAUUGAGAGGGACGUCCCUUCUGCAGAAGAAUUCUACCAACACAUGCUACGGAUGGGCGUGAAGCCCGGGGGCAGUAUACUCAGCGGCCUCCUGAAAAGUGCGCCGAAUAUUUCGGCUGGUUUCUCUUACAUCCAGGACAGUAGGUGGGAUGAGCUCACAAAACGAGUCCUUCGUCACGCUGGAGACUACUCGCCUACGGUAAUCCGCCAGACUUUGAGCACUGUGCCGGACCAUACUUUGGCCGCUCUGAUUGGACUAUUAUCCAGACAUGGGUUCGAGGAUGAGCCCGAAUUCAGGUCGACAGGCGAAAGCACCUUCGGCGGAAGCAAUAGGCCCCGUGCCAAUGAGACAACAACUCCCUUUGCCUAUGCAUGGGAGCUCUUGAACGUCGGACGCUCAACCAAUCCCCGCUUAUGGAAUGCGCUCCUUGAAGGUUCUAUCGCUUGCUUGAUGGAGGCCCGGGGCAUGGCCUUGAGGGACAACGUCGACUCUUGGACGGUUCGCGACAUGAAAUACGGUAUCUGGUUGCGUUUGUGGAUGACGUUCGGAGCAUCGUCAAGACCGUGGCACAUACACCCGGAUCUCGAAACAUUCAGACAAGCCGCACGGAUUGUGUCUCUGCUGCUCAAAGAUCGACGUCUCCAUGUGCCGACUUCACGGUACAGUUGGUUCGCAAAGGCGAUUUUCCUGCACGCCGUCUAUGGUCGAAGGAUCACACCUUUCCUUCCUCCGGCCACUGUUCCGCUUCUAGUCGUGCCCGAAGCCCGUGACCUCCAAUUGUUGGUGCGAGUCCUGGUGUUGACCCACGAUGUCGAUGGUCUUGUGGCGCUAGUGCAAUGGUUGAACGGACACGCCAAGGCUUUCGAGUCGUUGAACAAACACCAGGACGUCAGCAGCGACGAUCUGGAACCGUCGUGGACCGGGCAUCUGCCUCCCCUCCACAACAUCUUGUGCGCGAUUCGGCUGUUCCUUGAAGGCAGCCCACCUCGCUCUGUGGAUGGUCAUGAUGCCAUCUCGUUCGAGACUCCCCUCCGCGUGAACUCCGAGACGAUUCAAGAGGCCAGACUGCAUUGUGCGACCCUUGGGUGGCCGACCGAUGCGGAGAUUGAACUAUUCCUGUCCCGCGACGGCAAUUGGAUUCGACGAGUUGCUCACGAUGCAGAGUUGGCAGCGUCGCGACGACCGAAGCGCGAUCAUCAGAGUGAGAACAAGCUGUCUCAAGAUGGGCCGGGGGAUACAGGCGCCCACCCAUACGGAAUAGGAGAAAGCGAUGAAACAAGUAGACGAUCGCAGAUUCCGAGUGAUGAAAGUGUAUGUUAA